CGCAUCAUCCCAAGUCCCAAGCUUGCAUCUUCCUCCCCAAUCCCCCGAUAACUUUAUGUCGCCGUCGGCUCCGGACGCCAGGCUCUGUUUCUCAUAGCUCCUUUGGAACUCUUAUUACUUGGGGGUUUAUUCUUCUUCUAUUGUUUGGGAAAGAGUAGGGCGAUUGAAUAGCGGGAUACCGCUUCCAUUCUUUCGAUCUUUUGGGAUUUGGAAACACGGGAGUGACAAAGAAGUGCGACUAUGCUGUUCCAGCGGCCAUGGACGAGCUUGUGCCUGCUGGCGGGGAGCUUGGGGCAGAGCUGGGGAUUAGGAUUGACUGAGCACCCGGAUGUCAAGGCCAUAGCGCUGCGGACCCAUAGUCUUGAGCCUCCAUACCUAGAUUCCGACAUGCAGAGCCGAUGGUGGGACUUUGGCGGCGAUACCAUCAUUCGGACAGACAAGUACAUACGGCUAGCUUCCGACAAGCCUUCAAGAGAUGGGUGGAUCUUCUCUAGGGUACCGCUGACGGCGACGAAUUGGGAAAUAAUCGUUGAGUUCAAGAUACACGGCCAGGGUAACCUCUACGGCGAUGGCUUCGCACUGUGGCUCACGAAGCAGCGCGCAGUACAAGGCCCUGUGUUUGGUUCGACGGACAAAUUCGAGGGUCUGGGUGUCUUCUUCGACACGUACAAGAACAACCGCCCAGGCACCGUCUUUCCCUACGUCAUGGCCAUGAACGGUGACGGCAAUACUCCCUACGAUAAAGACAACGACGGCAAAGCCAACGAGGUUGCUGGCUGCUCCGCACGCGGCAUCCGCAACGCCCACAUCCCCACCAAAGCGCGCCUCACCUACUUCGCCGACAAAUCCCUGCGCCUGGACCUCCAAUACAAAGCCGAGGACGAGUGGACCGAAUGCUUCGAGAUCCCCGGCUUCAAAGUCCCUCCUGUAGCGUACCUCGGGUUCUCCGCCGAAACUGGCGAACUCUCCGAUAACCACGACAUCAUCACCGUCAAGACCAAUAACCUCUACCAGCAUAACACGGGGUCGAACGCGGCGCAGCAGAAUGCAGGCAAGGGCGGGAGCGGCGCCAGCUAUGCGAAGGUGAAUAGUCAUCCAGAGAAGACGAGCGGGAGCUGGAGCUGGUUCCUCUUCAAGUUUGUGCUGUUUGGAUUGGCUAUUACGGGGGCGUACGUUGGGUGGACGAUUUAUAGGUCUAGACAGAGGGUUAGGUUUUAGAAGAGCCGGAUGGAGGAUUGUGAGGCACGAGAUCAAGAUGAAGGAAAGUGCGGCGUUUCGGAGGUUAUAUCCUGGAGUCUAGCUGAAGCGAUUCCUUUUCGGUGAGGACGGGUUGGAUGCAGGUGUGCGUCGCGUGGAGGAAGCGGGGUGAUGCUCGCAAUGGAGAUCUCGAGCGUAUGACGCUGAUACUGUGGCAAGAUCGAUUGCCAAUUUUCCCUAGUUUACAAAUCACUUUGAAUGCAUGGAUAUCAUUACUUCAC